UCGGCACCGCCGCGCCGCGCAGCUCCUUGGCGCAGAAAGUUUGAGGCGGUCGCGGGGAGCCGCGCUCCUGCUUCGGGCCGGGGAGAGGAGGCGAUAUGAGGGGGCUGCUGGUCGCUGCCAACCUCCUCCUGGCGGCAGCAGCCUGCUCAGGAUUUGUGAAUGGAGAAGGGACCGACAAGACUGAGAAUGACGUUUACCAUGAAGGAAACAGCGGGCAUUCGGGGACUGUCCAGCUCUUCCAGACCAGGGCGGGCUCCGAGUAUGAAGAAGAGAAGGACAGAGGGGUUACUUCCUCUGGGGAUUAUUUUAUUGAGCUCCCAAGAGUUGCUUUCUUGUCAAAGCCACAAGAGCUGGUUACUCCAAAGAAAAAAGGGAAUGGGAAGAAAAGGAGAAAAGGCAAAGGCAUGGGGAAGAAGAGAGAUCCAUGCCUACAAAAGUAUAAGGACUUCUGUAUUCAUGGAGAAUGCAAAUACAUCAAAGAGCUGAGAGCUCCAUCCUGCAUAUGCCAGCCAGGAUACCAUGGAGAGAGAUGCCAUGGCCUUACCCUCCCUGUUGAGAAUCCCUCCACCAGUUACGACCACCCUACAGCAUUGGCUAUUGUGGCGGUGGUGCUGUCAUCCAUGUGUCUCAUUAUCAUCGCUGCAUUGCUGAUGCUCAGGUGUCACAAAAGGGGUGUUUAUGAUGUGGAAAAUGAAGAGAAAAUUAAGUUGGGCAUCGCUGUAAACCCCUGAUGGCAUUAGAGCCCUGCAAGGAUUCAGUGGUGAAGCAGUUCUGCCUUCAUGAAGAAGCAAGACACAGUGAUUAAAGUUCUAUUUAUUGGCCUUAUUUAAAAAUCAGUGGAGAGUUUGCUGGAGCGGAAGUGGCAUGUCUGUGUUUAGAGGUUGUCAUAUAAUUGCUUCACUAAAACAUGCAUCUCGGUGAGUAAAAUUUGAUGUCCUGAAGUGGAAGAAGUUACAGGAAAGAUGCUUUCUGCUGGAGACUUUAUUUACCAACAGAAUUGCUCAAGGAGGCCUGGUUGAAUGCACUCAUGAAGAGAGAAGAAAAAAAUGGACCUUGGCUUUCCAGCUUUAGUAGGGGCUGGGAAAUGAAGUAACUACAACCAAACACAAAUUUGGAUCCUUCAGAUAUACUCUGAGAAACUAACUGUGAAAGACGUCAACUCCGAGGAGAUCUGAGUUCGGGGAUUUAUUAGACUGGGGGGGUGGGGUGAGGGCUAUUUAACAAGAUAUUUUUCAUUUUAAAUUAUAUAUUUAUUUUAGAUAUACUGUGUAUAGUAUUUAUUUAGGGUCUGAUCCUACAGUCCUGCAAUCAGUGGGCAUUUUGCUAGAGUUAACAGUGGAUUGGCCCUUAACUUUUGUAAGUGCAAUGUAAUGGUCUAAUAAAUAACACUUUGUUACAAACU